AUGGGAAAAGAGGAAAUACCUAUUUACCAGUCAGAUUUGAUAGUGCAAGAUGUUCAGCACAUCCGACUGAAUAAUGUCGUACAUACUCAGUGUGUUGAUAAAGACUGUUUAUCUUCUUUUGAAAUAGAAAACUUUGUUUUACAGCCAUCUGUGAAUUGGGUAGUACCAACGUCUGAAAAAGUGCGAUACGAUGAAAUUUUCUUAAAAACAGACACAGACAUGGAUGGGUUUGUGAGUGGCCAAGAAGUAAAGGACAUUUUUAUGCAUUCAGGUCUGUCUCAGAAUCUCCUAGCACAUAUAUGGGCUUUGGCAGACACAAGACAGAUGGGGAAGCUAAGCAAAGAUCAGUUUGCACUAGCAAUGUAUCUCAUUCAACAGAAGGUCAGUAAAGGGAUUGAUCCUCCACAAGUAUUGUCCCCAGAUAUGAUCCCUCCCACAGAGAGGAACACUCCCAUACAGACUCUGUCAGGUUACUUGACCCCUGUAGGAACUGAGAUCUCAGCACUAACAGAAAUGCGUCGUGAUAGCUCAAGUUCCAUUGGAUCAGGAGAAUUUACAGGGGUGAAGGAACUGGAUGAUAUUAGUCAAGAAAUUGCACAGCUGCAGAGAGAAAAAUAUUCGCUAGAGCAGGACAUUAGGGAAAAGGAAGAAUCAAUCAGACAGAAAACCAAUGAAGUUCAGGAACUGCAAAAUGAUUUAGAUAGGGAGACAAGUAACUUGCAAGAGCUAGAGGCUCAGAAACAAGAUGCCCAAGACCGCCUGGAUGAAAUGGAUCAGCAGAAAGCCAAACUGAAAGAUAUGCUGAAUGAUGUAAGGCAGAAAUGCCAGGAAGAAACACAGGUGAUUUCGUCACUAAAAAUGCAGAUUCAAUCUCAGGAGUCAGAUUUAAAAUUACAGGAAGAUGACCUUAAUAGAGCAAAAGCAGAGCUGAAUCGCCUCCAGCAAGAAGAGACUCAGCUGGAGCAGAGUAUCCAGGCUGGAAAAGUGCAGCUUGAAACAAUAAUCAAAUCUUUAAAAUCAACACAGGAAGAAAUAAACCAGGCAAGAAGUAAACUUUCUCAACUUCAAGAGAGUCAUCAAGAAGUCAAUAAGAGUAUAGAAGAAUAUAAUGAAGCUCUCAAUGGGGUUCACGGUGGUAGUCUGACGAAUUUAGCAGACAUAAGUGAAGGCCUUGGGCAGACGGAAAGAAGCAAUUAUGGAGCUAUGGAUGAUCCGUUUAAGAAUAAAGCCUUGAUGUUUACCAAUAACACACAAGAAUUGCAUACAGAUCCAUUCCAGUCAGAAGAUCCUUUCAAAUCUGAUCCAUUUAAGGGAGCAGACCCUUUCAAAGGCAGUGACCCAUUCCAGCAUGAUCCUUUUGCAGAGCAACCACCUGCUCCAGCAGAUCCAUUUGGAGGUGAUCCGUUUAAGGAAAGUGACCCAUUUCGUAGUUCUGCCCCUGAGGAUUUCUUCAAGAAACAGGUGAAGAGUGACCCGUUUACCUCAGAUCCAUUCACAAAACCCCCCACUUUACCCUCAAAGCCUGACCCUUUUGAAAGCAGUGAUCCUUUCACGUCUUCCAGUAUCUCUUCAAAAGGUCCAGAUCCAUUUGGAACACUGGAUCCAUUUGGAAGUGGUACUUUUAGUAGUGGUGAGGGGUUUGCAGACUUCAGUCAGAUGUCAAAGUCAGUAGCUUCAGACCCCUUCUCCUCCUCUUUUGGAGGCAUUGGAUUCUCAGAUGACCCUUUCAAAAGCAAAUCAGACACACCAGCGUUACCACCGAAGAAAAAUGUCCCUCCACGACCCAAGCCACCCAGUGGUAAAAGUACUCCUGUAAGCCACCUUGGGUCUUCAGAUUUUCCCAAGCCCCAUGAUCCAUUCCAGCCAUUUGGGGCUGACAGCAGUGACCCGUUUCAAAGUAAAAAGGGGUUUGGGGACCCAUUUAGUGGAAAAGAUCCAUUUGCUCCUUCCUCUUCAAGUAAAACUUCUAAAGACUCUUCCUUGGGGUUUGCAGACUUCAGCUCUUUUGGAAAUGAAGAACAGCAGCUGGCAUGGGCAAAGCGUGAGAGUGAAAAAGCAGAGCAAGAAAGACUAGCUCGAUUGCGGAGACAAGAACAAGAAGACCUUGAGUUGGCCAUUGCGCUCAGUAAGGCUGAUAUGCCAAACUCUUAA